AUUUGUUUUCGCAUUCGGCUUUGAGUCAAAAGAAAUUUUAUGAACUCGUUUUUUCCCCCACUAUAAAUUUCAAGUAAUAUGCUGAAAAUGUUCAGUUCAUAGAAAGGUUUAUUAGUAAACAGGUGUUUUUGUUGUCAUUUGGAACUAUUCGUAUAUUGUAAAGGGACUGUACCUCUCAAUGGAAUAUUUCAAAAAAUAUUUUAUACUUACGCUGCACUUGCUAAUUUUUUCAAGUACAAUAUGCACGAAUGACCAUGAUUCACCUGUAGUAAGGACGAAAGAAGGACUAAUAAAGGGAACCUACUCAUUUUCAAAGAAUGGAAAAGUUUUCAAUAUUUUCAGAGGUAUUCCUUAUGCUAAACCACCUGUAGGCGAUCUGAGAUUUGGGGCACCACAACCUAUUGAGAACUGGAACGGUACCUUAGAUGCAACGAAAAAAGCCCCAGUGUGCAUUCAGAAAAACUAUCUAUUCGCAAAUGCACAGGUGGAAGGUCAAGAGGACUGCCUUUAUUUGAAUGUUUUUGUGCCUAGAGAUUUUGACAAGAGCAAACUUUUACCUGUUUUGGUAAAUAUCCACUGGGGUGGUUAUUUCUCAGGAAAGGGUAAUGAAGACUUUUUCGGACCAGAAAAAAUUAUGGACAAAGAUGUUGUUUUGGUGACUUUCAACUACAGACUGGGAAUUAUGGGUUUCCUUUCUACACUUGAUGAUGAAGCACCUGGAAAUAAUGCUCUGAAAGAUCAAGUUUUUCUACUGAAAUGGGUGCAAAGAAACAUAGGAAGUUUUGGAGGAGACCCUGGAAAAGUUACUAUAUUGGGUCACAGCGCUGGAGCAGGUUCUACUCAUUUACACAUGAUAAGCCCACUUUCUAAAGGUCUCUUUCAUCAAGCCAUAAGCCAAAGUGGAUCAGGAUUAGCUUUGUGGUCAACUCCUUAUAAUAAUCUGAAUAAACAACUUUUGACUUUGCAAGCAUCAUUAUUUUCUUGCAAUACAUCCACUUCAAAAGUUCUAUUGGAAUGUCUAAGAAAAGUUUGUGCCCGAAAAUUGGUUCAAUCGGGAGAUUUCUUUAAGUAUUUUUCAGUGGAUCCACUCACAGUCUACACUUUGGUGAUAGAAAAACAAACUGAAAAAAACCCUGAACCUUUUCUGACACGGAUGCCCAAAGAUAUUAUACUGGAAGGAAAAUUCAACAUGGUCCCAUGGAUCACAGGAACUGUUCAGAAUGAAGGCAAUUUGAGAGCUAGUGCUCUAAUCAGACAAAAGGCAACAAGGGAACUCUUGAACAAAUCCUUCCGAGAAUUAAUGAUGAAGGAAAUGUACUAUUCCUUGAGCGUUUCAGCAAAUGAAACUCAGAAAUUAUAUAAGAGAGCUCAAGAAAUGUAUAUGAACGGAGAAGAAUUCCUGAAUGAAAAAAAUCCAAAGAACAUCCAAGGAUUUAUCGAUUUAUGGAGCGAUCGGUCCAUGAAAUAUCCAUUUUACCAAUCUGUGAUGCUACACGCAGCCGUUAGUAAUCAACCGAUAUGGGCUUACACUUUUGAAUACAGUGGCAGGCAGACCUAUGGUGAUAUAUGGGCAGCAACGAAUGAAACUAUAGAUUUCGAUUGGGGUGUAUCCCAUUUGGAUGACUCACUCUAUUUAUUCAAUUCUCCUGCUCUUUUUCCUAAGAACGAUGAUAUGACCGAUAAUAAAAUGAGUGAAAUACUCUUAGAUAGAUGGAUUAACUUCGUCACAAAUAGAAAUCCCCAAAGAAGCUCGCAGGAGAACUUUUGGCCAAGCGUCAACUUCACUGGAUUGAAUAACAUGAAAAACGAUAACCUCUAUAUUCUGAACAUAACUGGAUCAGCCAAAGACGGAAAUAUUCGGGAAAAUGUGCAACAGGGAUUCCUCAAAGAAAAAAUGCUGUUCUGGGCAUCCCAGAAUCUUUGGGAGAAUUUUGAAGGGCUUGAAUAAUUUGAAAACUUUCAGCUGUUUGACUGAUUCUUGUAAAUUUAUUUGAUUUGAUUUAUGGACUGGAUUUUGUUGUGAAAAUGUAUGAAGUUUUUGAAUGUUUCAUUAUUAUGUGAUUAACUGAAAUGAUAUUAAUUAGAAGAGAUUCUUCAUUCAUUGAUCUUAGAAGAAUACAUUGUUAAAUAAAAAUCAUUUUGUACAUUUUUCAUUUCACUCGAGAAUACUUUUGUUAAAAUGAAACCUAUUUUUCAAGUGAAUAAAUGAAAACAAAAAUA